UUGCGAUAAUUAUGCAACAGCUCAGUGGGGCAUGGGAUAGAGGAACUUGUAGUUGGUGGGUAAUUGAGUAUCUAUCACCAGCUACUCGCGUCAUCGUGACUGAACAACUUACUCAAGCUGAAAUGGCCGCUUUUUCCUUCGCCCUUUCACGAUUAGUAGCUAGAAAUGUUACCAGGGUGAGUUUAUUGAGAAGUCUUGGUGUGUCAAGUACCCAGCUAGGGAGAAUGGGUGAGGGGUCCACACAAAACCUCUCCACAACCUCCUCCUCACACUCCAAAAAGGAAUGGUAUGAGGUAACUUAUGAGAGAGCAGAUGGAACAGUAUUCACAGUGAAGGGUAAGGAAGGCGACAAUCUGCUGGACAUUGCUAUUAAUAAUGACAUCGAUCUGGAAGGCUUUGGAGCAUGUGAGGGUACCUUGGCUUGCUCUACAUGUCAUCUGAUUUUCAAGGAGGAGGACUUUGAUAUGAUAGAAGACCCCUGUACUGAUGAAGAACUGGACAUGCUGGAUCUUGCGUAUGGGCUCUCGGAUACGAAAUCGUGUAUAUCGCUGUCUGGAUGUGGAUUCUUAGGGGUGUACCUGAUAGGAACACUGGACUGCCUGAAAGACAACUCUCCAAGAUUCGUAAGCAGUGCUAUUAUAUCGGGAGCUUCAGCUGGUGCCUUACUCGGGGCAUCACUGGUGUGUGAUGUUCCUCUUAAUGGUGUCAGAUCUGUAUUUCUUCGUACUGCCAUUCAAGCUAGGAAAUGGAAAAUGGGAGCCUUUACCCCAGGAUUUAAAUUUGAAAACUACUUAAAGGCAGGGAUGGAAUCUUUGCCUGAUGAUGCUCAUAUCAGAGCAAGUGGCCGACUCCACAUAUCAGUGACUCGGUUGCAUGACAUGUCCAAUGUAAUAUUCUCUGAGUGGGAGUCUCGGGAAGAGCUCAUUCAGACUCUGCGAUGUUCAUGUUUCAUCAUGGGUUUUUCUGGAAUAAAUCCACCUACAAUUCGUGGGGAAAGAUAUAUAGAUGGUGGCUACACUAACAAACAGCCUAUAGUUGUUCCUAAUGCUGUUUCCAUUAGUCCUUACAGUGGUUAUGCAGACAUCUCACCCAGAGAAUAUGAAGGUUUGGGUCAGUUGAAGUGGGCCAACCAUGGCAUGGAUGUCUCCUAUGCUAAUGUGGUGCGUCUGUAUAGGACUUUGAUGCCUCCACCUCCCUACAUACUAAAUCACUAUUAUCACUUUGGGUAUGAGGAUGCUUUGCGCUUCCUUAGAAAGAGGAGGAAACUGAAGCAUAAUAGAUAAAUAAUUGUU